UUCCUUAUGAAGAGCCACAAAAUUCAGCAAAUCGCACGAUCAGAACAGACAGCAGCAGCAACAGCAUGGACUGGAUGCUUGUGGAAGCUAAUUAGAUGCAUGACUGCUGAGAUAGCCUGCCGGGCUCAUCCGUCCCUGCUGUCUCCAUCUGUCUCUUUGUAAAAGGCUUGCUUUUCUGCUACUUAGAGCACAGCAGCACCUCCAAUGCAGGCUGCUUCUACGCAAGAGUCCAAUGCUCCAGCGCUACUACCAGUGCCACCCUCCUUAGAAGUCCUACGCUCGCGUAUACAGCAAAUCACAGCUUCCCUACAAACGCUUCACAUGCGCAUUGCACAAAGCGAUCCACAUGCUCUGCCUCCGUGGCCACAAGUCCAAUCUGCUUUGACUGUUCUCCUGACGCAACUCUCGAGUGCCUUACAAACACUACAUGCGAGCAGAGCUGGUCAAGAUGCAAUUCGCGCCAUCUCUGUUUUCCCCGGUCGGACAUUUCCCGUUGCACAGCAAGAAGGCUUGUUGCAGACACUGCUCAGGACCAAACCUCUGCCAAGUGCAGAAGCGUAUGUACAACUAGCACAAGAGCACGGCAUAUCGAUCCAAGCUGAGCAUAAAAUCACGCAGCCCCAGCUUGUGUCCUUUGCGAGGGAAGGUGAAGAUGUACCAGAUUACCUCAAAGAUGAAGCAAUCCCCGCGGAUGCAUGGUUUACGCUACAGCGAGCAAAGCGGAGCUGGACGGGAUUCUAUACACAAAAGGAGCAGGAUGAAGACUUUGAGAUCGACGUGGAUGAUCUGGAUGAUAUUCGGAAGGAAAGGCGGCUGGAGCAGGAGAAGUGCGAUGCUGGCAUGAAGGCCAUGCUUUCUUUCAUGCGUCGAGGUGGAUGAACCCAUGGGCCACGAUCCCAAAAAUGCAAUGCCAAGAUGUGCUGAGGUCCUGAGAAAAGUGGCCAGCUCAGUGAGCUGCACAAGCCCGCACUUACAAAGUUGAAUGUUUGCUUUAGUUUCACUUGGAUUUUUGGGCUCUUGUACAAGCAUGACACAAAUAUAUUGCAUAUAGGCAGUCUCUUGGACUGUACUGAACAGGCAUUAGAGUACUUUUGAGACUACGUCGAUUGCAGCCAAGACCUGGUGCGGAUCUGAUGUCACCUGCGCGCGGGAACACGGCAAGACCAAAAAGUCGUGCAACGCGAUCAAGGCCAAAACACUCCGCCAAGAACCAGCUGCUCCGCUUCCACUCUGCUCAUAGCUCCUCUUCCUCUUCUUAGCUACACCUGACUUCUUCCUCAUCCAAUGGUCGGCGC